CACAGGCGCUCCCGGUGUACCCCGCGCGGACUACAGCUCCCAGCGUCCCCCGCGGCCGCGGCCAUGGCGCGCGUGGCGCACGUCGUGGCCGACACCGGCGCGUUCCUGAGCGCGGCCCCGCUGCAGGACAUCGCGCAGAACCUGUACACCGUGCCCGAGGUGCUGGCCGAGAUCCGCGACAGGCCCACCCGCCGCCGCCUGGCCGCGCUGCCCUGCGCGCUGCUCCUCCGCCGCCCGCCGCCCGCCGCCCUCCGCCUCGUGACCGAAUUCUCCAAGAAAACCGGGGACUACCCCAGCCUCUCGGCCGCCGACCUCCAGGUGCUCGCCCUCACUUGCCACCUCCAAGCCGAGAACGACGGCGCCGGCUGCCUCCGCCGGGAGCCGCAGGACAAGGUGCGGCUCAGCUCCACCCCGCGGCACCCUGAGGCCCCUCUGCACCUCGCCGGCUUCCACCUGCCCGCCAAGCACAAGCGCCCGGGGAAAGGCCGGUGCCAGCCCAGCCCCGAGAGGAGCGCGGUCCCAGCUGAGAGCGACGAGUUCAGCUCCUUCCUCUACUGGCGAGCCCCCCUGCCCAGCAUCGAGGAGGAGCUGCAGGAGCUGCUGAAAGCUCAAGCCGUCCCCGCUAGCCCGGAGACCACCGAGGAGCACCAGAGCUCUGAAGACGAGGCCAGCGCUGAGGAAGAGGAGGAUGAGAGCGACGACGAGGGCUGGAUAACACCCAGCAACCUCAAGCAGGCACAGCAGGACACAGGGCACUGUGACACCGCUCCCGUCGGCGUCCAGGUCGGCUGCGUCACCACUGACUUUGCCAUGCAGAACGUGCUGCUGCAGAUGGGCCUCCACGUGCUGGCGGUGAACGGCAUGCUGAUCCGCCAGGCCAGGAGCUACAUCCUCCGCUGCCACGGCUGCUUCAAGACCACCUCGGACAUGACCAAGGUUUUCUGCCCCAACUGCGGUAACAAGACCUUGAAGAAGGUGGCGGUGAGCGUCAGCGAUGACGGGAGCCUCCACCUGCAUUUCUCCCGCAACCCCAAGGUGCUGAACCCCCGAGGGCUCCGGUACCCGCUGCCGGCCCCGCGAGGGGGGAAGCACGCGAACAACCCUCACCUGGUGGAGGAUCAACCCUUCCCGCAGCAGCGGCUGUCCCGCAAGGCCAGGCAGAAGACCAACGUCUUUGACCCCGACUACAUCGCCGGGGUCUCACCCUUCGCGGAAAACGACGUCUACAGCCGCGCGGCCAAUCUGCAAAUCCGGGACGCGGCCCUGGGCGCUGGCAGGAGGCGCCUGAACCCCAACGCCGUGACAAAGAAGUUUGUGAAGAGGAGGUGAAGGGCGGGACGGGGCCGGUGCUGCCAGGGAAGGAGCAUCGGCCCCGGCGUUGCUGCCUGAUGCCGCGACGGGGGGUGACGAGCGUCAGGUUUGGGGAGGCUCUGCCCCACGAGGAGCAGGACAGGGAGGUGGAGCAGCUUCCCCGCUCAGCCCCCAGGCCCUGCCUGCAUCCCUAAUAAAUACAAAAAAAAAACACGCAG